CGGAGAUGCACGCGAGCUUGCUUUUAUGAGUUUCUGAGGGGUGGACUCUGAAUUUACGGGAGGUAAUUUUUCGAGUCAUGCAGUGUAGGCCGAGCUUUCACGGGUCUGUCGCAUGAGGCAUGGGCUGCACUCCCAGCAUCCACGUCUCUCAAACCGGAGUCGUUUACUGCAGGGAGUCGGAUGACUCGAACUCCCCCCGUCCCUCGUACAGCACAGCCACCUACCACACCGCUCAGAUCAUCCGCACCGAUAUCACGGCCACCACGUCGGCCACGCCCCGCACAACAUCGUCGUCAGGGAGUAAGGGCAAAGGCGACAGCCGUACACCCGUGGGCCUGUCCGAGGCCGAGACGCAAACCAGCCGAGCCAACAUGAGGAGCACGGAGAGAGAGGUGAAUUAUGGUCCCAUGAGACUCCGGCAACGCUCUAUGUGUAUUCUUCUUGUGUUUGCCAAAGAUGACGGUCAAAGUGAGGGCUUCUGGACGGCAGCUGGUCGUCAAGGUCACCAGUGUCACGUGACUCGCACCCCUGAACGCGCAGUGGAGUGCUACACAGAGAAACACCACGACGUUGUGAUUAUCGAUAAUCGGACAUCGAAACACUUGGACGCCGAGGCGUUGUGCAGAUGCUUACGGUCAACGAAACGAAGCGAGCACACAGUGAUUGUAGCAGUUACAAAGAAACACACAAGCGAAAAGGAAGAGCCAUCCAUAUGUCACUUGCUAAAAGCAGGCUUCAACAGGAGGUACACGGAGAACGUCAACAUUGGUGCAUGCAGCAAUGAAUUGCUGACGCUCGAGCACAAUGACGUGCGCUGCCAACUCAAGCAGCGAGCGGGCAAGGCGUUGUUCACAGCACUCAAUAACGUCUCCGACGUCGUCGAGAUCACGAAUGAAGACAAUGAGAUCCAGUACGUGAACCACGCGUUCGAGCGAAUCACGGGUUACAGCUGCGAGCAGGCCGUGGGGCAAGACGCCCGAGAGCUGACCAAGUCGGACAAGAACAAACCGGACCUACUGGAGGCCAUCAGCGGCCAGCUCAGGAAGGGCAAGUAUUGGGAAGGCACGUAUCACACUCGACGGAAAAGUGGCGACACUGUACCGCAUCACUGUCGACUGGCGCCAAUUCUAGGACCAGGAGGGAAGAUCUUCCAAUUCGUGUCUGUGAAGACUUCUCCUGAUCAUGUGAAGGAUCUCGAUUGCAGUCAGCUACCAAAUGGAGGAAUCCACACCAUGCCAAAGAGACGUGAAUCCAUAGCAAGGAUGCAUUCGGUCUCCAUAGAGGCCCCCAUUACAAAAGUUAUUAACCUAAUCAACACUGUCCAGGAGAGCUGCCCACUGUCGGUGGUGCAGGUGCUGGACAAGGUGGUGGAGAUCCUGCGCACAAGCGAGCUCUACUCCCCGUACCUGACCCAGCAGAUGCAGGACGAGGAUCCCAUGACGAGUGACCUGGUGGGAGGACUCGUGUCCCAAAAUAUGAAAAGAAUGUCUUUCCACGAUAUUUCUGCUCCACAGCACGUACCAAAGCUUUGUUCAAAUCUCCACUCUCACAUUCCGUCUGAAUAUGGUGUACGUCUACAGAUACCCGAGCCAAUUGAAGCCAUUUUAGAAAAUGAGGCGUGUUGGGAUUUCGAUAUCAUAAAUUUAGAAAACAUCACAAUUAAAAGGCCAUUGUUAUACCUGGGUCAGAAAAUAUUUGCUCGGUUUGGAGCUUGUGAGUUUUUAGGCAUACCCGAGACGGUACUGACGAACUGGCUCCAGCUGAUCGAGGCGACGUACCACGCGACCAACACCUACCACAACUCUACCCACGCUGCCGACGUCCUCCACGCCACGGCAUACUUCCUGCAGCGAGAUCGCUCCAAGCAAAUAUUUGACCAGAUGGACGAAGUGGCUAGCCUGAUAGCAGCAACCGUUCACGACGUCGAUCACCCCGGCCGCACCAACGCAUUCCUGGUCAAUGCUAGCAAUGAUCUCGCAGUGCUCUACAAUGAUUUAGCGGUGUUGGAGAGUCACCAUGUGGCCCUGGCGUUCAGGUUAACAGAGAAAGACGACUCUGUGAAUAUAUUCAAAUGUCUGUCCAGAGAAAACUAUCGCACCAUGCGUCAGUUCGUCAUCGAUAUGGUGUUAGCAACAGAAAUGAAGCAACACUUUGAACAUCUGUCCAAGUUCGUGAACAGCAUCAACAAGAAUUGUCUGAGAUACGACGAUGACGUGUCUGUUAGUAGCCGCAGUUCCCGCGAGAGUACGUCCGUUCUGACCCAGUUGUCUACCCCUGAGAACCGCCUGCUUAUCAAGCGAAUGGUGAUCAAGUGUGCCGACGUGUCCAACCCUGUCCGUCCUCUUAGCUUGUGUAUUGAGUGGGCCAAGAGAAUAGCCGAGGAAUACUGCCAACAGACUGACGAGGAGAAAGCCCGGGGUCUUCCCGUCGUGAUGCCCGUGUUUGAUCGCAAAACGUGCAGUAUUCCCAAAUCUCAAAUCAGCUUCAUCGACGUCUUCAUCAGCGACAUGUUUGAUGCCUGGGACUUUUUUUGUGAUGUUCCUGAACUGAUGAAGCAUCUACAAAUUAACUACCAGUACUGGAAGGAAGAGGAGGUGUUGUCCACGAAGACAAAGGUCGCCCAGAGUAGUAUAGACUCCGAGUCUGGUGCUCCUGCCACAAACGACAAAGUUCAACAAAACAGUAUCGAGAUGGAGACCGACGCUGACAAUACAUGAUGAUGUCAGAUACUGACUGUGAUGAAGUCACACGUUGACAAUGAGAUGACGUCCUGUAGGAGAUAACCUAUAACAAAUAGUGUGGAUGUCACAAUAGACAACUUAUAGCAUCGUAAACAUCACAUCAGAUAACCUACAACAAUGUGAAUAUCACAAUAGACAACCUAUAAUAUUGUGAACAUCACAAUAGACAACAUAUAAUAUUGUGAACAUCACAAUAGACAACCUAUAAUAUUGUGAACGUCACAAUAGACAACUUAUAACAAUGUGAAUAUCACAAUAUACAACCUAUAACAAACACGGAACAUCACAACAUGCAUCACAUAUAACAAACACUGUGAACAUCUCAACAGACAACCUAUAGCAAGCAAUGAACAUCAUAACAGAUAACCUACAGCAAACACUGUGAACCUCACAACACACCCAAUAUAUAACACUGUGAACAUGACAUUAUGCAACAUAUAACAAACUGUGAACAUCACAAUAUAUAACCUACAACAACCUGCAAACAUCACAACGGACAUAACAUAACAAACAUUAUGUACAAUAGUCGUAACCUGUAGCAAAACAUAUAACAUUACAAUAUAUAUACAACUUAUAAUAACCAAAGUAGUACGCAUAGCCUAUAACAAAUACCGUCAGCAACUAUAAAUCGACUAUAACAUGCUUAAUGUCAUAAUAGAUAUAAACAAAUAGUAUAACUGAAGUAUGACAUCAUCAAUUAUGACGUGUUAAUGAACAUUACAGUAGAGAUGGAACUAUUACCGUCUCACAUUUUAUGAAUAUAAAAAUAAAUACAAUAGGAAAGAUAUUAACACCACAAUACACUAGAGAUAAGCAGACACUGAACACAACAACAUUCAUAACCUAUGUCAUGAAUUGUACAUUAUAAUCCACCAGCUGCAUAUCGCGGUGAUUCUGUCACCUGGACUUGACUUGCACAAAGAAUGCAAGUCGCACAAGGAAUGAAGAUAUUUACUAUUGCCAUCACAUAUCAGUUUUAUGGUAUUUUUACUAGAUAUUAAGUAGCACACUAUGUGGACUAGUUCUGAUAUUGGACCUGUGCUAUAUGUUGAGUAACACACUGAUAAUGUUGUGAUAGCUUACAUGUUGGCCCACGUUGGGGCGUUUGUUCUAUAUUCGUGUCCUUUGUUUUCUGCAGUGGCAGACGUUACAAUGUGUGUGGUUGUUACUCGGCGUGUGUGCGUACAGUGAUAUUUAAUUUAUUUAUUACAUCGUGGAGACGACGUCAAAAUUA